UGCAACCAAUAAGCAGUCAAGGGCGUGACCUGCUUCCAUCAGUUUAGCAAAAUCAAAUAUUUCCUUUUCCUUAAUCGAAAGAUGACCACCCUCCUUUGUUUAUAUCACGAAACUGUUGCGUCUCAUUCGCGGACCUGACUGCUGCGGUUCUAACGUUUUCUUUUGAAGGAAACACGAGAGGACAGUGCAGGCAUUAUAAUGAAUCUGAUGCCUGUCUGCUCCGUUAGUGGAGGAGACAUAUUUGAUUGUAUACAAAGAGGAGAUGUUGAACAGUGCACACUUUUCGUGCAAAAUGAUACAGCAAUCCUAAAACACAAAGGCUGGGGUGGUUUCAGCCCGCUCCAUUAUGCUGCCCUCCAUGGGAACCGCACCCUUGUAGACUUCUUCCUCAGCAGAGGAGCAGACCCUAACCUGACAUGUGAUGCAGGACAAACAGCUUUUCAUUUUGCCUGCAGGCAAGGAAACAUCUGCAUCAUACACGAAAUGAUGCAAUAUGGAGCAGAUUUGGGCCUCAAAGACUUGCAGGGGAAAACAUCCAUGCAUCAUGCAGUUACUGGAGGCAGCAUAAUUGCCGUGCACUAUUUGUGGGAGACAGGAAUGUUUCGAUUCUCAGAUACGGACAUGCACAAGGUGACGCCUCUUCACCUGGCUGCAUCCACUGGCAACAUAGACAUGGUGCGAUAUUUGCUCAGGGACCAGCGAUGUGCUGUGGAUGCUGUUGACCAGCAGGGGGCAACAUCGCUUCACAUUGCAGCAGAGAGAGGUGGAGUGGAGGUGUGCUGGACUCUUCUACAGAAGGCUGGCUGCAGAAUGCUUCAACAGAAAAACUACAGUGGCUUCACUCCUCUGGAUCUCAGCAAACAGGGAAAAACAUUCAGACAUCAGCAACUUACCAAACUACUGAGUCGGUACAUUAAUGAGCCAAUACAUCACAAGGCCAGAGAAUCUUAUGUUCUAUAUUACUGGACGCUGUGUUUUCCAUCUCUGGGUGGAGCAGCCAUCCUGCUGAUUGCUGCCAUGUUGGGAGAUUAUGGGGGGCUAAGCUGUGCUUUUCUCUUCCCUUGGCUGGCCAGGAGUAUUUUCUCACAGUACCACCGCAUGACCACAUAUCAAAGUUUACCCAACCCCAUCUAUUUAGGAACGCUCCUAGCUGGUUUUCUCCAUUCCUUCCUCUGCCUCUAUGGAAAAAUGAUGCCUAGCGUGUUGCCCAACAGCGCAUUGGCCCAGGUGUCACUGGUCCACUUCUCCUUACUGCUCAGUCUGUUCUAUAAGGUUCUGACUCAGGACCCUGGCACGUUGGAGCGAGCAGACGCAGAUUCUCGAUUCUCCUGUAUUGGUGACUUAGUGGAGAACAACCAGAAUCCUAAUAAGUUCUGUCCAUACUGUGAGUUGUUUCAGCCGGACUUCACUAAACACUGCAAGCUGUGUGACGUGUGCAUCAAAGACUACGACCACCACUGCCUUUUUCUCAACCGCUGCAUCGGCCAAGGAAACCACAGACUCUUCCUUAUCUUCAUCGUCUCCAUGGCAAUUGCCCACCUUCUAUUUGUUGCCAUGGGGACGAGUUACCUGUUCAAAAAGAUGUUAACUAACAGUCCCAGCUUGCCUUUGUGGCGCACGUUUUUGGGUGAGGAGUUCUGGGUUGUGGCUAUGAUGAUUAUGAAUGCACUGACACUCCUUUGGGAGGUGUGGCUUUUGACAGAACAGUUUGAUGCUGUCGCCACGGGAACCACCACUUAUUUCAGACAGUGUGAGAGCUCAGUGCGGCAGAGGUCGUUAGGUCAACGCUGUGGGGUUGUAGCGGCGUUUGUCCUGGAGGGACGGAGAUCAGUGAGCAGCAGACAAAUCAGAGAGGACAAAUCUACUGUAGACGUUUAGAACAGCGGUUCUGACAUCUUUUACAUCCAAAUCAACUUUUCAUUUUAGAAUAAUUUAUGUCUGCAAAGAAAAUUGGUACGAACUCUGUUUUUUUUUAUUCACUAACUGAUGCCAUGUAACAUCUGGAACAUAAAUGCAACAUUUUGUUAUAUUUUAGGAUUACAUUUAAACGUGAAGUUGGUCAGACUGCAUGGUGGUACAGCUGGUAGCACUGUUGCCUCACAGCAAGAAGGUUGCUGGUUUGAAUCCUGCCUUAGCUGCCUUAUGAUGCAGAGUUUGCAUGUUCUCCCUUUUCAUGCGUGGGUCUUCUUCAGGAACUCCAGCUUCCUUCCACAGACUAAAAAUAUGCACAUUAGGUUGAUUGAAGACUAAAUAGUCCCUGGGAUAUGUGAGUGAAUGGUUGCUUGUCUACAUGUGGCUCUGUGAUGGACUGGCGACCUGUCCAGGGUGUGUCCCCCACUUCUCACCCGAUGACCACCGGAUAUAGACACCAGCUCCCCGUUACCCUUGUGAGGAGGUGGUUUAGAUAAUGAAUGGAUAAAGUUUGUCAUAAAGGAGGAUUUUUAGCAGAUUUGAUAAAAGUCGUUUUCUGGGGGUCUUCUGCUAAAUGUUUUGGAGGCCAAAUCAGUAUAGUUUUAUAAUUCCAUCGUCGUUUUAAGAAGAUUUUAUCUUUAGGUUAAAUCAUGGUGUGAUCUUGCAUUUCUGGAAAGAAGGAGUAUCGCCCACAGCCUUUUGUGUUAGCGUUUUAAACUAAGAUUGUUUCAUACUGAGGAGUGAUCGCCGCUUUGGUUUUGAAGACAU